GCACGUGUUUCCCUCCGUAUAUUUGGCCGUGAGUUCGUAUACUCUAAGAAUACUGGAAAUGCGUGGUCUAUGCCUCAGGGUCUUUCUUCUCGUUUUCUUAUUUUCCUGUACAAGCGGAGGAGCUAAGAAAGUUGUGGAAGAUGACUUUGAUGAGUUUGAGUUUGAAUUUGAGUCAAAUGAGGAUGAAGAAGAAGUAGAAAAAGUACCACCAAAAGAUGCAGACGAUUUUGAUGCUGAACAAGAUGAAAGUGAAGAUGAUGAUGAUGAAGAAGCAAGGGAUGAUUCCGAUUCAUCUGACACUGACGACGAAUUCGACACUGAAGAGUUUGAAACUCCAUCUGAAGGAGAAGACACUUUAAAGUCAGGAAAAGAAGCAUCUGAUUUGAAGAUUGAAGAGAGUGCUGUGACAAUCAAGCCAUUCUUUGAAGCCUAUCUUGUGGAGAUAUGCAUAUGCUUGGGAAUAGCACUGUACAUUUCAAACUAUUUACUAGGAAGGACUAAAAAUACCAACAUUGCUGAAGGAUGGAUGGUUCACAAUCUACCUAUACUCCACAGUCAGUUUGUGCUUGUUGGUGAUGAUGGAGAGGGAGAGGAGCCCACUCAGAAUCACGUUGUAAGGAGGUCAGAGAACAGUUUUACUGUUUGGGCAUCUGGGCGCAUCAACUGUGAUGGUUUGCUAGUUCAUUUAGAAUUAAUGAAGCGUCACGACCUUAUACAUGUUAUCCUUGGGUUGUUUCGUCCAGUUCCUGACACAAUAUCAUUUAUAUUUCAGUGUGCUGAUGGAGACAUGGACAGUGUCAUAACAGCAAUAUGUCCCAGGAAAACUGCCACUAAAAUGAGCAAAGAAUACGAAGACCUUAGUAAGUAUUGUUCUGGAAUAAGGUCAGGAGAGAAGCAUAAUCUCCCGAGCUCUCUCUCUGUCAUUUCUGAAACGUUUGAUUCGGCUAUAUCAGUCCUCUCGGGAGGUGUGGCCAAGUUUCUUAGUAAUCAUGCAGACAUGCUCUUAUCCCUCCAUGUUACUGAUCAAUACACUGGAUUGAAAGAAGAAGGGGAAGAGUCUGAGACUGUGACUAUAAAGAAAGGAGAGAAAAGGAUCCAUCUGACGUUCAAGUUGCCUUCGGAUCUUGACCAAACCACUGAGCUGCUGGAUUUUGCUCUGAAACUUCUUGAUCACGUCAAGCACAUAAGACUCAGUAGAGAGGCAAAGGACAAAGCAACAAAGAAUAGACAGCUGGUGGUUCAAGAGCAAGAGAAACUUCAGCAUCAGCAAAGACAAGAGGCUGCACAGCAACGUAAAGAAGAAAAGAAGAAAGCAGAGAAGGAGAAGAUGUUAGAAGAAACUGAUGCAGACAAAGUCAGGAAAUGGGAGGAGAAAGAGUACAAGAAACAAAUGAAGAAGAGCCAGACAAAAAUGAAGCAAAUGAAAGUCAGAAUGGGAUGACUUCCAGGAAAUACUUUAUUGUUUGACCAAUUGCAAUUAUUUUGUGUGUCAAUAUUACAUAAUUUAUUAGCCAUAAUGGCCAGUAAAAUUGACAUGAUAAUAUUAUAUUAAUUAUAA